CCCGUGAACUUCCGGGAGUGCAGGCGCUGCGCGCAGCCACCGAGCACCCGCUGAGGUUGCAGCCAUGGACCAAGUGUCGUCUUCCAUGGCCAAGUCAGCCCACGGAGCCAGCCGGUCCGAGGCCCAGGACGCCCAGCACCAGCUCCCCCAACCCACCGGUGUCUUUCAGGUUGCAGAAAAGAUGGAAAAAAGGACAUGUGCACUCUGCCCCAAAGACAUCGAGUAUAGUGUCCUAUACUUUGCACAAUCAGAGAAUAUAGCUGCUCAUGAAAAUUGUUUGCUGUAUUCUUCAGCACUUGUGGAAUGUGAGGAUCAUGAUCCACGUAAUCAAGACAGAAAUUUUGAUGUGGAAUCAGUAAAGAAAGAAAUCCACAGAGGACGGAAGUUGAAAUGUGCAUUUUGUAAUGAAAGAGGAGCCACCGUGGGAUGUGAUUUAAAAGCCUGUAACAAGAGUUACCACUUUUUCUGUGCCAAGAAUGACCACGCAGUUCUACAAACUGAUGGAUCUCGAGGAAUUUAUAAAAUGUUUUGCAAACAACAUGCUCCAUUGAACAACGUUCAUAAUGACCUACUCCCAGGAACGUCUCUGUCUGGUACCUUGCAUCCUCACCACAAUCAGAGGGCCAAACGAGGACGUGGACUGAAAAGAAAAAGAGGAAGGAAGAAAUGUCUCUCAACAGACAUUCAUGUAGAGCCACCUGAAAUGUUGACAUUAGACAGAUUCACAAAACACAUGAAGGAAGAGGAUGGCAGACACACAGAUGCAGCUGCGAAGAUUGAUUUUCUUAAGAAAUGUAAGGAAGUGGGGCUUCUUAAUGAUUUAUUUGAAGAACUAGUAGACAAACUUCAUUUGAUUCAAGAAAGACUCAUGGGUGACACUGCUUCUGAUUCAGACUAUGAAGAAAUCGGGACUUCACUUUUUGACUGUAAAUUGUUUGAAGACACAUUUGUAAAUUUUCAAGCAGCAAUACAGAAGAAAAUCCAUCAAUAUGAAGAAAGGCAGCAGCAACUGAAGGAAGAGAUUGAGGUACUUCAGGUCUUAAACCAAACCAUGUACUUUCUUCAAGAAGAUAGAGACAUGAGGUCAAGUUCUACUUCAGUAUCUUCUGUGUCUUCUAAGGAUUACCAUUUCCUAAACCCAGAAUGAGGCUCAGUUGCAAGCAGGCUGCAAACUGAAGACCUGACCUGUGGAAGCCACACAUCUUUAGAAGUAGGCCUGUCCUGUCUCUCUGGACUUCAAGCUUCAAUCCUCAUCAACUCUUACCUGUUCUUGCUGAUUGACAUUUCAUUUGAUCCUGCCUCCCUCUUAUUAUCAUCUCACUUCUGCUCUCCAAUAAAAUGUUUCUCAGAUUCUACUUGAGUAAACUGGAUCACACCUCCCAUCUCUCCCACCCUCUGCACUGAAAAUCCUCUGGUAGCUUCAUGCUGGUGCAUCCCCCCCUUCCCCCACUCCAGUGAUCUACAUUGAUUCCAGUAACACACAGGGUGCUCCUGGAAGUAAAGGCUCCCCAGGGCCUUUGCACAUCUUGCUGUGAAGCCUUACCUGCUCUUUUACCUUUCUCUGCCUGUUCCUCCUGCAGAUCUCACUAUACCAGUUCUACCACUCAUUUCAUCGGAGUACUUUUCCUUUCCAUCACUUCCCAGUGUAACCCACUGUAUCUUAGGGUACAAGCUCUCUGAGGGCAAAAAUUCACUAUUCCUGUGUUUUGCUCCCAACACAUUCUCAGCACCUAGCAUGCUCAAUAAAUGUUAAAUAAAUGCAUAAACUGUUCUUAUCCUUUGAGACUAGUUCCAGCUUAUAAUGAGAUAUAAUAAAUUUGAAUAUUUUUACUCCACUUGUACCAAA